GCAUCGGCUGCAAAAUGGGACCUGCCCCCCUUUUCUCCCCCUCUCCAUGCCUCCAUGAAUCCCUUGAAUUUGGCUCUAGGGCAUUGGGAGGGAACUCCCCAGAACAGCUCAGGAGGAGAGGGAAAAGUCGAUCCUUCCAUUGGGGAAACUGGAAUGCUUGCCUAGGCAGAAUGACUUGAAAAACAGAAUGUGGAGUACCACCUAUUGCACAAAGACAAAUACCCAUUAUUAAAACUUAAAAUUAGCAUCCAUAUUUAAAAUGUGCAGCAAAGCAAUCCUAUUGAAACAACAUCGCAAUGUACAGGAAGGAAACAACAGAGAAUUGUGUAGCAGAUCAUAUUUCUGCUGUCUCAGAGGAGGACAUAUCCCUUUUUCUUUUAGGGUUCAGUGUGCUUUGAAGAUGUCGCUGUUCAUUUCACGGACGAGGAGUGGGCGUUGCUGGAUCCUGACCAGAGAGCUCUGCAUAAGGAUGUCAUGGAGGAGAAUCGUGGGAUCCUGGCCUCUCUUGAUUGUGAUGAAUCAAAAAUUGAGAACAAAGGUGACCACGAUAAAAUCCCCAGAGAGGAGAAGCCGCGUAAAAAUUUAGAGUGUGGAGAAAGCUGCAAUCAGAGCUCCAAUUCCACUUCCCAUCAACAAAAUCUCAUUGGAAAUAAACUCUAUCAGCGCAUGGAAUGUGGAAAGACCUUCAGCCAGAGCUCCUCUCUCACUUCCCAUCAAAGAAUUCACACAGGGGAGAAACUCUAUCAGUGUGUGGAAUGUGGAAAGAGCUUCAGUUGGAUCUCCCAUCUCACUUCCCAUCAAAGAAUUCAUACAGGAGAAAAACCCUAUCAGUGUGUGGAAUGCGGAAAGAGCUUCAGUCGGAUCUCCAGUCUCACUUACCAUCAAAGAAUUCAUACAGGGGAGAAACCCUAUCUGUGUGUGGAAUGCGGAAAGAGCUUCUGUCAGAUCACCAAUCUCACUUCCCAUCAAAGAAUUCAUACAGGGGAGAAACCAUAUCAGUGUGUGGAAUGUGGAAAGAGCUUCAGUCACAGCCACAAUCUCACUUCACAUCAAAGAAUUCAUACAGGGGAGAAACCAUAUCAGUGUGUGGAAUGUGGAAAAAGCUUCAGUCAGAGGGCCAAUCUUACUUCCCAUCAAAGAAUCCAUACAAAGGUUAGAAAAACCAUUGUACAGAUUUAGGAGCCAGGCAAAUCCACACUUUUUUAACCAGGCCUUUGGCUGAUUGACAUUUAAUGCCCUUUUAAAAUGUGGUGUUUUGUGUUUUUAUUUUGUUUUUUUAUGUUGUAACCAUCCUGAGACCUGUGGAUGUAGGGAAUAGCUGCCAACUUUCUGCACCACCUAGAGUACCCACAGAAUUGUGGCUUCUACUGGCAACACACAUAGGAGAACAAAUGAAAGACAAACACAAUGAGCAGGCAAAACCCUGGAAAGAGCCAUACCAAAUGGACAUCCGGUGCGAAGAGGUCACUUUACCCACUGCUGAAGAAUGCCACAGGUAGAGGAGAUGGAAUGCUAAAAGUGUUCUCCGGGGCAAGGGGAGCUGCUGGGAAAUUGAACUACGAGCUCAAAAUAUUACUUUUUUAAAAAGUUGCUGCCAUUAUAGGCAUUCCAGGCAGAAAGCUGGAGGGUGAGCAGGCCCAGGCUAUGCUGCACCCAAGAGUGGGGGUGAAGGGAGAAGGGAGAAGUGAAGAGACUGAAAGCUUUUUCUUCCCGAUGCGUUUGCGGUGCGGCUCUGAAUUCCACCUGGUCCGGAAUUGUCCAGUGGAGCCACAGGAUGUCUCCAAGGCCGUUUUCUUUGGCAACCAGGUAACAGGAGCUGCCAAGUGUGGGAAGCCUCGAAAGGUCUCAAGGAAACUGGCAGAGAUAUGUCGUCACAGUAUCAUUUGGCUGCUGCUAUGGCAACACUGAAAAACUGCGACCAGGGCCACGUGCUGAGCUGGGUGAUUGUCAGUGGGGCCAGGCACCACCUCAUGCCAUCGCUAUCUAGUGGUUUUUUGUGGAACUGCAAGGCUGUGAAAACUGGAAGAAGUGUAACUCUUGCAGAUGGUUCCAAGCGCUAUGUCUGGCUCUGUUUAUUGUUCUUUUUUACAGGCAGAGAUUGAGGCCUAUGUCGUUCCAGAGAUGCAGUGCUGUUUGUUUUCUGUUUCCUCUCUUGUCCAUGUUGGGUUCAAAGUGUGUUUUGAAAAUAAUGUUUAUUCCAUUUCCA